UAUGUCAUGUAUAUUUAACGGGGUUAGUAUUGGUGGCAAAUUGGUAACAAAAGAAACUUUAGUGGCCGAAAAGGAAUAAAUCUUUGUUAAGUGGCAAAUUGAUCUAAAAGAUAAGUUGAAAGUUGUAGGUUAUGCUUUGUGGUUUAUACUCGAUUAAUUUGGAGCCUAAAACAAGUGAAUGCAUGGAGUAAUAACAGGCCUUGCAGUCCCCAACCAACCAUCACCGCCGUUUUACUCUAAAACCCUACCGGAGAUGACGUCUCAACCACCUAAGAAGAAACAGAGGAGGAGGAAGUCUGGCAGAGGUGACACGGGGCAACUAGAACGAUUCGACUCACUUCCAUGGACCUCAUCCCUUCCUGAUACUGACGAUGACCCGUUCUCUGCAUUAGCCGGAUUAAACGACUUCGAAGGAGGUGUUUUGUCUCUUGAAGAGAUUGAUGAAUCAGAAUAUGGAUUGGAGCUUCCUAAAGGAAAUCAGAAGGGAGGGAAGAAACAGGAAAAACCGACAAAACGGAAGCGAAAAGAAAGUGAUGGUGAUGAGGUUAUUGGUAAGGAGGAUAAAGAUGGUGAGGCUCGAAAGGAGGAUAAAGAUGGUGAGGCUCGAAAGGAGGAUAAAGAUGGUGAGACUGGAAAGGAGGUUAAAAGGAAUAAGAAGAAGAAGAAAAAGAAGAAGAAGGCUAAAAAGUCCAAGGAAUCUGUGGAAAAUGAAGAAGAAACAGCUACUGUUGCAGAAACCAAUGGCAAAAAUGAUGUCGAAGAAGAUCAAAUUGAUGACACUGAAUAUCAUGCAUGGUAUGAGCUCAGGCUUCAUCCAUUGCUUAUGAAAUCCAUAUCCAGGCUGAAGUUCAAGGAACCAACACCGAUACAGAAAGCUUGUAUACCUGCUGGUGCUCAUCAAGGAAAGGAUGUCAUUGGCGCUGCAGAGACAGGGUCUGGUAAAACGCUGGCAUUUGGAUUACCAAUUUUACAACGUCUCCUUGAAGAACGGGAUAAAUUUGACAGGCAGGUUGAAGAAAAAGGACAGGCGGAUGAACAAGUUGUUUCAAGAGGUCUUUUAAGAGCACUUGUUAUUACUCCCACUAGGGAGCUUGCACUUCAGGUCACUGAUCAUCUGAAGCAAGUGGCGACAGGGACUGAUAUUAAGGUUGUUCCAAUUGUUGGUGGAAUGUCAACAGAAAAGCAAGAACGACUUCUGAAGGCAAGGCCUGAGAUUGUUGUUGGAACUCCAGGGAGACUGUGGGAACUAAUGUCAGGCGGAGAAAUUCAUCUUGUCGAGUUACAUUCACUGUCAUUCUUUGUGCUGGAUGAGGCUGACCGGAUGAUAGAUAAUGGUCAUUUUCAUGAGUUGCAGUCAAUUAUUGACAUGCUUCCAAUGAUUAGAGAAGGACAUCCAGAGGAUACUCAAAACUGUGUGACAGCUUCAAGCUUCCAAAGGAAGAAAAGGCAGACUUUUGUGUUCUCUGCAACCAUUGCUCUGUCUUCUGAUUUUCGGAAAAAGCUCAAGCGUGGAUCUAUGAAAACAAAAAUAGAUGGUGAAUUGAAUUCGAUGGAAGCACUCUCUGAGCGAGCUGGGAUGCAAUCCAAUGCUGCUAUUAUUGAUCUGACAAAUGCAUCAAUUAUGGCAAAUAAGCUUGAAGAGUCAUUCAUCGAGUGCCAGGAAGAAGAUAAAGAUGCCUGUUUGUAUUAUAUUCUGUCCGUCCAUGGACAAGGACGGACUAUUGUCUUUUGCACAUCAAUUGCAGCCUUGCGUCAUAUAUCUUCUCUUAUGCGCAUUCUUAAUGUCAAUGUUUGGACCCUUCAUGCACAGAUGCAGCAGCGUGCUCGCUUGAAGGCAAUUGACCGUUUUCGUGGUAAUGACCAUGGCAUACUUGUUGCCACGGAUGUUGCAGCUAGGGGUCUUGAUAUUCCUGGUGUUCGGACUGUUGUUCAUUAUCAACUUCCUCAUUCUGCAGAAGUUUAUGUUCAUAGAAGCGGGAGAACUGCCAGAGCUUCUGCCGAUGGCUGCAGCAUUGCUCUGAUUUCCCCGAAGGAAGCAUCCAAGUUUUCUUCUUUGUGCAAAUCAUUUUCAAAGGAAAGUUUUCGGCAGUUUCCCAUAGAAGCUUCAUACAUGCCUGAGGUAUCAAAGCGGCUAUCUCUUGCACGGCAAAUAGACAGGGUUAUGAGGAAGGAAUCACAGGACAAGGCUGAUAAAAGCUGGUUUCAACGGAAUGCUGAAUCAAUCGAACUGAUUGUGGACGAGAAUGACAGUGAGGAGGAAAGAGUGAACAGUAUCAGGAAAAAGAAAGCAAGUUCUGCUAACCUAAAAAAGCUGCAGCAGGAACUCAAUUCAUUGCUUUCUCGUCCAUUACAACCCAAGACAUUCUCUAGUCGAUAUUUGGCAGGGGCUGGUAUUUCACCACUUCUUCAACAGCAAUUUGAAGAAUUAGCUAGGCAGAAACUUGGGGACACUGGGAACCCAGGAGAUAACAAGAAGAAAAUGGUUGUUAUUGGUCAGGAUUAUGUUGAACCACUCCAAGCUCUCAGGAGUAGUGGUCAGGAGGUUAUUGUGGAUCCUAAAGGGGCAGCAGAUAAGCGAAGAAACUUGGACACCCUACGAAGAAAGAGGAAAGAGGAAAAAAGAAGGUUGCAUGAUCAAAAGAGAAAGCAACGGAAAAUGCUAAAAGCAGGAGGCGGUUAAAACGAACCCAAUGAACCUAAGUUAUCUUAAAGAGGAGAGAAACAAAAGGCGAAGCUAUCGUCAUUUCACAGUGCCAACUUAUAGCUAGGAUUUCAUACUAGAAGAUCAAAUUUUGUCUGAAACUUCGAAUACAUCAAUUUGAUGCAUGUAAAGAACCCGAAAAGUGAAAUGGGCUUUGCUAGCUACCUACUUUAUUCGUGCAUGUGUAUGAACCCUAAGGGGUGACAUGAUGUAUUGUUGAACAAAAUAUGUUUAAUUGAAUAGAAAUACCUUCUGCAA